ACUGCUCUCCCAUCCCAGUCCCUGGAAAUCCACUCACUUGGUCCAGCUCACCCCAGCUCCAAGCCACUGGGACCCAGUCUCCAGGGGCCUGGCUGUGGGUGGCGGCCACUCCUGAGUGAGCAAAGUAACCUGGAGAGGCCACGAGUAUCCCCAGGGAGCCGCAGUGCCUUCGCCUCAGCAGACACUCCAUACCUGCCCUGGGUACUCGGCUCAAUUUGAAGGUGUUUAUUUCGUGUGUGCCGUGGGUCACAGGGUACUCAGCUCAAUUUGAAGGUAUUUCGCGUGGGCCGUGGGGCACAUGGAGCCGUCUGUGGAUACGCGCAGGACAGAAUGAACUCAGGACGCAGGAGCAGAUUCGUUAAUUCUGACCAAAGUUCCUCCGCGGUGCUCUCCCGUCCAGAACCCUGCUGAUGGGGAAGUCCGAAGGCCCCGUGGGGAUGGUGGAGAGCUCCGGCUGUGCAGGGCAGAAGCGCCCGGGGUUCCUGGAGGGGGGACUGCUGCUGCUGCUGCUGCUGGUGACCGCUGCCCUGGUGGCCUUGGGUGUCCUCUACGCCGACCGCAGAGGGAAGCAGCUGCCACACCUUGCUAGCCGGCUGUGCUUCUUACAGGAGGAGAGGACCUUUGUAAAACGAAAACCCCGAGGGAUCCCAGAGGCCCAAGAGGUGAGCGAGGUCUGCACCACCCCUGGCUGCGUGACGGCAGCCGCCAGGAUCCUCCAGAACAUGGACCCGACCACGGAACCGUGUGACGACUUCUACCAGUUUGCGUGCGGAGGCUGGCUGCGGCGCCACGUGAUCCCCGAGACCAACUCCAGAUACAGCAUCUUUGACGUCCUCCGCGACGAGCUGGAGGUCAUCCUCAAAGCAGUGCUGGAGAAUUCGACUGCCAAGGACCGGCCGGCUGUGGAGAAGGCCAGGACGCUGUACCGCUCCUGCAUGAACCAGAGUGUGAUAGAGAAGCGAGGCUCUCAGCCCCUGCUGGACAUCUUGGAGGUGGUGGGAGGCUGGCCAGUGGCGAUGGACAGGUGGAAUGAGACCGUAGGACUCGAGUGGGCGCUGGAGCGGCAGCUGGCGCUGAUGAACUCACAGUUCAACAGGCGUGUCCUCAUCGACCUCUUCAUCUGGAACGACGACCAGAACUCCAGCCGGCACAUCAUCUACAUAGACCAGCCCACCUUGGGCAUACCCUCCCGAGAGUACUACUUCAACAGCAGCAGCAACCGGAAGGUGCGGGAAGCCUACCUGCAGUUCAUGGUGUCAGUGGCCACGAUGCUGCGGGAGGAUGCAAACCUGCCCAGGGACAGCCGCCUGGUGCAGGAGGACAUGGCGCAGGUGCUGGAGCUGGAGACACAGCUGGCCAAGGCCACGGUACCCCAGGAGGAGAGACACGACGUCAUCGCCUUGUACCACCGGAUGGGCCUGGAGGAGCUGCAAAGCCAGUUUGACCUGAAGGGAUUUAACUGGACUCUGUUCAUACAAACUGUGCUAUCCUCUGUCAAAAUCAAGCUGUUGCCAGAUGAGGAAGUGGUGGUCUAUGGCAUCCCCUACCUGCAGAACCUUGAAGACAUCAUCGACACUUACUCAGCCAGGACCAUACAGAACUACCUGGUCUGGCGCCUGGUGCUGGACCGCAUUGGUAGCCUAAGCCAGAGAUUCAAGGACACACGAGUGAACUACCGGAAGGCACUGUUUGGCACAAUGGUGGAGGAGGUGCGCUGGCGUGAAUGUGUGGGCUACGUCAACAGCAACAUGGAGAACGCCGUGGGCUCCCUCUACGUCAGGGAGGCGUUCCCUGGAGACAGCAAGAGCAUGGUCAGAGAACUCAUUGACAAGGUGCGGACAGUGUUUGUGGAGACACUGGACGAGCUGGGCUGGAUGGACGAGGAGUCCAAGAAGAAGGCGCAGGAGAAGGCCAUGAGCAUCCGGGAGCAGAUCGGCCACCCUGACUACAUCCUGGAGGAGACGAACAGGCGCCUGGACGAGGAGUACUCCAAUCUGAACUUCUCGGAGGACCUGUACUUUGAGAACAGUCUGCAGAACCUCAAGGUGGGCGCCCAGCGGAGCCUCAGGAAGCUUCGGGAAAAGGUGGACCCAAAUCUUCGCCUCCUCCUCAGGGACCCCAGGAAGGAACCAGAUCUUGGGAUACGCCUGGGCCCUUGCCCUGGUGUGGCCAGGGUAGGCCCUGGUCCAUCAAGCCAGAGAGAGCCCAGAGGGAGGGUCCCCGGAGACGCGGCUCCCAGACACCGGCUUGUCUAUCACAGCUGGAUCAUCGGGGCGGCGGUGGUCAAUGCAUUCUACUCCCCAAACCGAAACCAGAUUGUAUUCCCUGCCGGGAUCCUCCAGCCCCCCUUCUUCAGCAAGGAGCAGCCACAGGCCUUGAACUUCGGAGGCAUUGGGAUGGUCAUUGGGCAUGAGAUCACGCACGGCUUUGACGACAAUGGCCGGAACUUCGACAAGAACGGCAACAUGAUGGAUUGGUGGAGUAACUUCUCCACCCAGCACUUCCGGGAGCAGUCGGAGUGCAUGAUCCACCAGUACGGCAACUACUCCUGGGACCUGGCGGACGAACAGAACGUGAACGGAUUCAACACCCUUGGGGAAAACAUUGCCGACAACGGAGGGGUGCGGCAAGCCUAUAAGGCCUACCUCAAGUGGAUGGCAGAGGGUGGCAAGGACCAGCAGCUGCCCGGCCUGGAUCUCACCCACGAGCAGCUCUUCUUUGUCAACUAUGCCCAGGUGUGGUGCGGGUCCUACCGGCCUGAGUUCGCCAUCCAAUCCAUCAAGACAGACGUCCACAGUCCCCUGAAGUACAGGGUACUGGGGUCGCUGCAGAACCUGGCCGCCUUCGCAGACACGUUCCACUGUGCCCGGGGCACCCCCAUGCACCCCAAGGAGCGAUGCCGCGUGUGGUAGCCAAGGCCCUGCCGCGCUGUGCGGCCCACGCCCACCCGCUGCUUGGAGGCAUCUGUGCGAAGGUGCAGCCAGCGGCGACCCAGUGUACGUCCCGCCCCGGCCAACCAUGCCAAGCCUGCCUGCCAGGCCUCCGCGCCUGGCCUAGGGUGCAGCCGCCUGCCUGACACCCAGGGAUGAGCAGUGUCCAGUGCAGUACCUGGCCCGGAGCCCCCUCCACAGACACCCAUGGGGCUCAGUGCCCCCGUCACAGCCCUACAGAGACAAUCAACUGUGUCCUGACCACCCCUCCAAGGUGCAUUGUCUUCCAGUAUCUACAGCUUCAGACGAGCUCAGUAAAUGCUUC